CUCGAGCUGUCAAACUAGGCGACCUGAUGUGACGGAAAAACAACAAACGCUCGUGUUGUUGAAUUUCGGUGCCAAUUUUUCACUUGUUUCUGUGUGAAAAUGUCCGUAAAACACACCACAGAGAAGGCAUUGCAGAUGCUAAGGACGCUACCACGCGUCACCAUCGGAAAUAUACGGGACAACCCACAAUCGAAGCAAAACGUAAAGCGCGGCCGCGGCCAACACGGCGGCGAUAAGCAUGGCGCCGGCAACAAGGGAUCGGGCCAGCGCCAGAACUACAUGCGGCUCGGUUACGAAACGGGCAACACUCCAUUCUACAUGCGCUUCAGCUACGAGCCAUACUACAAGGGGCACCACCUAAAGCGCGAGUACCCACCGGUCAGCCUGCAUCAGCUGCAGAAGCUGAUCGACACGGACCGGCUUGAUCAUCGGGCACCGAUCGACCUGACGACGAUCUGCAACACGGGCCUGUUCGAGGUACGGCCCGACCUGCUCCACCACGGCGUCCAGCUGACGGACGAAGGGGCGGACGAUUUUAAGGCCAAAAUCAACAUCGAGGUGCAACACGCGCCGGAAUCGGUGAUUGCGGCCAUCGAGCGCAAUGGGGGCGUGAUCCGGACCGCUUACUACGAUCCCCACAGCCUGUACGCGGUGGUCAAUCCGAAGAAGUGGUUCGAGAAGGGUGUACCGAUACCGCGCCGCAUGCUGCCGCCGCAGGACGCGGUCGCGUACUACACCGACGCGCGCAACCGUGGCUAUCUGGCGGAUCCGGAGCAAAUCAGCGAGCAGCGGUUGGUGCUGGCGCAGAAGUAUGGCUACACGUUGCCGAAGAUUGAGGACGAUCCGGACUACGCGAUGCUGACGGAGAGCAAAGAUCCGCGGCAGAUUUUCUACGGCCUCAAUCCCGGGUGGGUGAUAAGCUUAAAGGAUCGGGCGAUCAUACGGGAAAAGCAGUGAGGAAAGUCGGUCCUGGUAAGUUGUUGGCAGGAAGUUGUAGUUUAAAACCGUGGAAUACACGCUGUGCUUCGUGGAUAAGCA